AUGAAGAUGUUGUUCCUGAAGGAAAAUUGUUUAUGUCGACCCCUUGGACCCUCUUCCCCAGGGUGCCGCCUCACACGAAGGGCACAGUGUUACAUAUUUGGCCUCUUCAUCAAUCUUUUUCUCUUUUGCAAUGUCUUUCUGCUCCAAUCCUGGCCACGCUGGAAGGAUGCUACCCUGGAGUACCCGAAUGGGCAGUCUCAUUUGGUCAGCAGGAGUUCGGAAAUGACUCAGGAUGAUGAAUAUCGGAUACUGGAAUUAGAAAAUGAAAACUUGGUUAAGGUACUCGGUUAUUGCGUCCCUCAAGAGCAAUACAAUGGAGAUGAUGUCACGUUGGUCUCUUUGAUAACUGAACUUGGUGAAACUAUUGACCUCAUCAGAUUACUACCAAUGUCCUGGGAAGACAGAUUAAGAAUUUCCUAUGAUUUGACCAAACUGAUCCAUUUUAUGUCACAUUCUCCUCAUGGUUCCAUUGUAAUGAAUGACUUUCGACACCAACAAUUUGUGCUGGUAAAGGGUCAACUGAAAUUGAGUGACAUUGAUGACAUAGGCAUUGGUGAACCACAAUGCAACUCCUUAAAUGAUUGUGCUGUUCAUUCAACCUCAGUUUCACUACAAUUUACUGCCAAGAUUCCAUGUCAAAAUGGUCGCUGUGUUGGCUUAAAUGAGAAAAAGAACAUUUUUAAUGCUGGUCGACAUUUCAUCAUGUUCCGCUUGCCGCAUGGUGCACCUGACUUACUCCGUCCGAUUCUUACUGAUGUUGUCAUUGGAUUCACCAACCUGACAAUGAACGCUGACACUUUGUUAGCAAACAUGGAAAAAGCCGUGAACCUGUACAAAAGUGGGGCCUAUCUCAAUCGAACUUCACCUGUGAAUACCACCUACAAAGAAAUGAAACAAUAUGAUUUGCCUGGUAUUCAUGAUUACCGGUGCUGGGCAUCAUUAUCUGGGACUGGUUGUGCCUUGUCUGUAUUUGACAGAAAGGAGGCUGAAGACAUGUGUGAUACGGACCCUGAAUGCCAUGGCUUUGUGAUGACAGAGGAAACCACAUGGACAGGUCGAAAAAUUGUACAUUUCAAGAACAAUGUUAGCAUCCCGGUGCGGAAUCCUGUCACAAAUUUAUAUGUGCGUCCUCCUUGA